AUGCGGUCGUCGACGGCCGUGGCCGCGGGCGCGCCGUCGCCACCUCGUCCAGCGGCGCCAUCGCUGCUCAUCAAGACGUCGGCCAUGCAGUCGGCGCUCUUUGAGCCAUCGCUUGAGGGCAUCACAAUCGGGUCGGGCGCGGCGAAUCGGUUUUGCAUCGCUUCGGAUCCGUCCGUGGACGUCUACCACGCGACGCUCGAGCACACGGCGGUGCAUGGCGUCUGGGUGUACGUAGACCACAGCCGCCAUGGCUCGUACGACCGGGACGCGUGCCACGUGCAUCGGCAGGCCGCGAUCGUGAGCGACGGCGACACGUUCAUGCUUGGCACGACCCAAGUGCAGAUCCACUUUUACACAUCCGUGCCGAGCACCGCGCGGUCCCAUCCUGGGCUGCAGCAUCUGGUCACGGCGCCGUCGAUCGCACCCGACUACACCAACUCGCCGUUGCCCAAGCACAAGCGAGCGCAGCACCGCCCGACCGAGUUCUCAUUCGACCCGCUGCAUUUCCAAAAGCUCCAUGCGACGUCGGUUCCGCUCGAGUAUGCUGCGUCGCCGCCCGUCUCGAGCCGCCUGCACACUGCGGCGAGACCGGCACCGUCCAAGCGCGACGACCUACGCAUCCAAGUGUCCAAGAAGAUGGCGAACCUCAACCCAAAGCCUUCGGGGGUGUUGCUCUCGUCACCAACGGCGCCGCAUUGCCAAGGGGCGAAAGGGCUACUCAAGGCUCCUCCACGAUGCAAGCCGAUGCCGACGUUCGCCUUGGACAUUGAGCCGCUGCGAUCGGCGACACCGUCGUCGUCGACGCGCGUCUCGUCCACGUACGACGAUGAUGGCAUCGACGACGACGUCUUCUCGAGCGUCGACAGCAGUGCGCCGACCGAGGUCGCCAAUGACCACCCAAGCAGCAGCAGCAGCAGCAGUGACGAGGUCGACGCGAUCGAGCCGCGCGCGCACGACCUGUAUACACCCAACAUUCCGCCCCGGCGUGCGCCCGACGACGACCUGGAGACGCCGCACCGCUUGAUUGCUUCGCUUCGGCUCAAGCGCGUGCAGCCCAAGAUCAACACGUCACCGCUGCUCUCGCCAUACAAGACGGCCAAGUCGCUGCGCCACGACCCGCUGCAGUUUUACAUGGAGUCGCCGCGCGAAGCGUCGUCGUACUUUGACUACAACGAGCACUAA